AUGCCCAUCAGACCCUUCCAGGCUUCGGUUCUUCCCCGUAAUUCCUCACAAAACAACGGCACCGCACCCUACACUUCCUCCUACCCUUCUGCCGCCGCUGCCGCCACCACCACGGCUUCUACCGAC